AUGUAUACACUCGACGCCGUAGAUUCAUUCCAUAUCUCCGAACCGGCAGAUACCUAUAUUUACGAUAUAGUACCCGUGGCAGCUGGACUCGCAGCCAUCUCCUCUGAUGAUAGUCUUCGAUUACUUGAUCCUCUGGCUCUGAACGGGCCGCCUAUAAAUUCCAUCCGGAGGAUUAAUACCGAUGUCACAUGCCUGAAAGCUAUUGAAUCGAGUACAGGAGAAGGUGGGGGAGUUGUUUGUACAGCGGGGAGAGAUGGGACAGUUUGCUUGGUGGAUCCGAGGACUGGUGCGAAGGUUGCAGAGACGAGAACUGGUGAAUCUUUUGUGAAUCCAGUAGUCCAGUAUAUUGAAAGUCACAGCGAUGAUGUUACAGAGCUACACUUUCAUCCUUCUCAACCCCAGAUCUUAUUGUCAGGCUCUACAGAUGGUCUGGUCAACAUAUAUAAUACCACUAUCUCAGAUGAGGAAGAUGCAUUGCAUCAAACGAUCAAUCAUGGGCAUUCGAUACACCAUGCCAAUUUUCUAAGUGAUGUGGACAUAUUUGCUCUGUCACAUGAUGAGAAGUUCUCAAUGUAUACCCUGGUGACGAAUCCAGAGGAAGGAGUGGAAGAGGCCCCUCCAGUACACUAUGGGGAUAUGAGAGAGCAACUAGGAGGCGAGUAUGUUGCAAAUCUAGUCAGGAGACCGGAUGGAAGUGCUGUGCUAGGUAUAGGAACUCAUAGCCGGGAGAGUUUUGAUCUCGUUCAGUUCCAGAACAAUCGUCCUUGGACUUUUGCGCCGGAGACAAAGGUCAACUUGACAGGGGCUCACGGAUCCGAGAUCGUAAGAUCUUUCUGCUUUUUGGAUUCGGUAUGCAUCCUUUCUCCAUUAUUUCUGCAGUUCAUUCUUCCGAUAAGUUGUGCGCAAGCGCAAGAGACUAAUAAGCCAACGCCUGCUGCUGAAGAAAGCCCGAAAUCGUCGAUCACAGCACAAUCCGCAGUUACCCAGAGACCCUUUCGAGGACAAGACAAUAGGAGGACUACUGAUGACAAAGCUCUCUUCUCCCUCCGCCUUUACGAGCGACAGAAUCCACCUCAAUCUCGGAGACCUUCUGGAAUAUUUGGUGCAGUAGGCCAAUAUCUCUUGUCUUUGCUGCCGCGCCUCUCUAUCCAAGGACCCGACUCGGACGGCGGGAAAAAUGGACAGAAGGUGGUGCCAGGGCCUAUAUCUGAGGCCGUGCGACACUUGGAGGAGGCUGCCCAGAUGAACAAUUCCGAUGCGAUCUACCUUUUGGCGCAGAUGAGCUUCUACGGUAAUUUUACAUAUCCAAAGGAUUAUUCGGAGGCUUUCUUCAGAUAUAGUCAAUUGGCAGAGACAGGCAAUAGCUCAGCGCAACACAUGAUUGGAUUCAUGUAUGCUACCGGCAUUGGAGGGGCCGUUGAACGUGAUCAAGCAAAGGCUUUGCUAUACCAUACAUUUGCAGCCCGGGGUGGAAAUACAAGAUCCGAGAUGACCCUUGCGUUUCGAUAUCACAGCGGCAUCGGAACGGCACGGGACUGCGAGGUGGCAGUCAAACACUACAAAAAGGCGGCAGAUAAGGCAAUUGAGUGGUAUCGGUCGGGGCCUCCGGGAGGCAUGGCAUGGGUACCUGAUUCAUAUCGACUUGCGGACGAGGAAGGCGGUGUCUACGGCGAAGGAGCUAGCUUUUCGAGUGCUGGCAACAACGCGAAUAAGGGUGGGCCAAACACGGAUGCUCACGCAGCUUUGGACGACGUCCUGGAGUAUCUGGAUCUGAUGUCAAGAAAGGGUGACUUCAAAGCAACGUUUAGUUUGGGACGAAUCCAUUACGAUGGCCAGAAAGGGCUUCCACGAAACAUGAAGAGUGCCAAAUGGUAUUUCAUGAAGGUUGCAAAGCUAUACUGGCAGAGGGACGGCCGGAUUAUUGGAGGUGAUAAGCCAAAUCUGGAAAAAAUUGCCACCAGAGCUGCUGGGUUCCUUGGAAGGAUGUUCCUAAGAGGGGAAGGUGUUGAGCAAAGCUACGAGAAGGCCCUGAUAUGGUUCAAUCGUGGUGUCAAAAGCGGAGAUGCUGGUUCUCAAUACGGACUGGGAUUGAUGUAUCUGGAUGGUCUUGGGGUCCCGAAGAAUCCAGCCAAAGCGCAAGAAUAUUUCAAGGCAUCCGCAGACCAGGACUAUUCACCUGCGCAGGUCAGCUUAGGAGCUCUUUAUCUGGAUCAAGGUACAUCCAAGGACAUAACAGUCGCCAGCCGGUACUUCGAAUUCGCCGCACGAUAUGGCCAUAUUGAAGCAUACUAUUAUCUUGCCGAGCUAAUUGAUCAGGGAAUUGGACGAGAUCGAAGUUGCGGACUGGCCACGGCAUACUACAAGAAUGUCGCGGAGAAAGCCGAGCCCCUUCUCUCGUCUUUUGCCGAAGCAAAUCAAGCCUAUGAGGAUGGAGAUUACGAACUGGCAUUUAUUGAUUAUUUGCUGGCAGCGGAGCAAGGAUACGAGAAGGCGCAGGCUAAUGUGGCAUAUAUGCUUGACCAACAGAAGUCGAAAUUGCCCCUGCCUUCGUGGUUAUCUUCCGCUCCACCUCGCCCAUCUCUGCUACAGAAUGCGGCGCUUGCUCUGAUAUACUGGACGAGAUCCGCAAAGCAGACAAAUGUCGACUCAAUGGUCAAGAUGGGGGACUACUAUCUUAAUGGCAUUGGCACUAAAGCCGACAUGGAGAAGGCAGCCUUAUGUUACACAGCUGCUUCUGAGUUCCAACAGAGUGCACAAGCUCUGUUCAAUCUUGGGUGGAUGCAUGAGAAUGGUGUGGGUCUCAACCAGGACUUUCAUCUUGCGAAGAGGUAUUAUGAUCAAGCCUUGGAGACCAACGAGGAGGCAUAUCUGCCCGUGACUUUGAGCUUGUUCAAGUUGCGGCUUAGAAGUGCUUGGAACACGUUGACCCAUGGCAGAAUCAACUCCAUUCAAGAUGAGCCAGCACCUAAGAAGCAAUGGUCACUUGGGGAGUGGAUCAGCAACUUCCUCAGAGACGAUCAGCCAUAUUAUGGUGACCUCGGCUACGAUGACAACUACCUUCCAGAGAACGAUCCAAUGCCAGGAGGGCAGGCCGAUGGCAUGUAUGACGAUAUCAUUGAUGAUGGCAUCUUAGAAAGCCUUAUCAUUAUUACGCUGGCUGGUGCCUUGGUGUUCCUGAUAUAUUAUCGGCAACAACGACAGUUGGCAGCGCACGCAGCAAAUCAACAAGCUGGAGGGAACCAGCAAGUGCCCCAAGGACAGCAGCCCCAAGAGCGAGGUUUCUUCCCACAACCUGGCGACCCGGAAUUUGGGCAAUGGGUAGCGGGCGGCGUAGGACAUUAA